CGAUAAGAAGGAAAGAGUCGAGAGACAGAGAAGGAGAAGCUGUUCGCUGUUGGUUGUUGAUGAUACUUCACGCGUAUUAGUAGUGGGCACUCGUCUUCGUCUUCGUCUCAUGACGCGGCUUCGCUACGGCUUUUUCACAAACACUUAAUACCCAACCCAACCCAACCCAACCCAACCCAAAAUCAAACAUAACAUUUAACAGUUAGUUUCGUCUCUCUUUCACUCGGUAUCUUCCCAAUAACUCCGUGUCCUCUCCUUCGCCUUCUGCGUCCAGAUUCACAGACGCAUAGCCCUGCGUAGCUUUCCAGCAAUCCAGAAGAAACUGAGAAUCAAUCUAAGCAAUUCUACAGAGAAAGAGAGAAGGAGAGGGACAAGGAGAUGCUGCGUUCGUGUUACCGACCACUGGAGCGAUGCUUCGGAAGAAGAGGAGGCGACGGACUUCUCUGGCACAUGGACUUGAAACCACAUGCCUCUGGGGAUUAUUCGAUCGCAGUCGUUCAAGCUAACUCAUCCCUUGAAGAUCAAAGCCAAGUUUUUACCUCUCCUUUCGCCACUUACGUUGGCGUCUACGACGGCCACGGCGGCCCCGAAGCGUCUCGCUUCAUCAACGGCCACCUAUUUCCUCAUCUUCAAAAGUUUGCCACGGAGCAAGGGGGAUUGUCCGCAGAUGUCAUAAAGAAAGCGUUCGAUGCCACUGAGGAGGAAUUCUUGCAUCUGGUGAAGCGUUCCUGGCCGGCCCGCCCGCAGAUCGCAUCAGUGGGGUCGUGCUGUUUGGUUGGGGCCAUCUCUAAUGAUGUUCUGUAUGUAGCCAAUCUUGGGGACUCCAGGGCCGUUCUUGGCCGAAGGGCAUCCGAGGGCCGGAAGAUCCCCGUGGUGGCGGAACGGUUGUCCACCGAUCACAAUGUUGCAGUUGAGGAGGUGAGAAAGGAGGUCGAGGCGCUCCAUCCCGAUGAUUCUCAUAUCGUGGUUAACAGUCGUGGAGUUUGGCGGAUUAAGGGCAUAAUUCAGGUGUCAAGAUCUAUUGGAGAUAUCUAUCUCAAAAAACCUGAGUUCAAUAGGGACCCCCUUUUCCAGCAAUUUGGAUUUCCGGUCCCUCUUAAACGACCAGUGAUGACAGCGGAACCCUCAAUCCAGAUUAGAAAGCUAAAGCCACAUGACUUAUUCUUGAUUUUCGCAUCAGAUGGACUGUGGGAGCAGCUAAGUGAUGAAGCAGCCGUAGAAAUUGUGUUCAACAACCCAAGAGCUGGAAUAGCAAAGCGAUUAGUGAGUGCUGCCCUUCAGGAGGCUGCAAGGAAGAGGGAGAUGAGAUAUGAUGACAUUAUGAGGAUAGAGAAGGGAAUCAGAAGGCAUUUCCAUGAUGAUAUCACUGUGAUUGUGAUUUAUAUUGAUCACAUCCAAGGCUCUUCUAGCAGUAGAUUCAAGUACAGUGCUGUUGACGGCACGACUGCUCCUGUUGACAUCUUCUCUCUUAACACAGAUGAUGCAGAAGAAGAUCGUAUCCACACUUUAUCUUGAGUGAACCUGUCAAGCUGAAGGAUGGACACCAAGUUACUGACAGAAAAAGAGCAAUAAUUCAAAAAAUACAAGCAUGUAAAUUUUAUAAAAAGGAUACAUGGGUGUCAAAAGGCAGGACAAAGAGAGAUGUCCAAUAAGUAAACAUACAGUCGGGUGGUGGGUGUACAUAACGGAGUUGAGGGAUUGUUUGAUAAAUCCAAGCUGCCAUGUGACUUCUCCAAUCUGUUCUGAGUUUCAACCUCAGUUCCAGGAUUUGGUCAGGUUCUUGGUAGCGGUCUGGAGCAGUUUAGUUUUCUUCCCUUUUUUUCAGUAAAUGGGGGAGGGGUGGCAGUCUGCAGUAGGCAUGAACUGAUCAAAGAGGUGACUUUUGUAUUCUUUUGCAUUUUGCUUUCAUUGUUAUUACCAUGAAAUUUUGGUUAUAGGUGAUUGUUCCCGUUGCUAUA